GAUUGGCUAUUAUCUAUUAGGUGGAAGUGUUGUGGGCGCGAGGAGGCGACAUCGGUUCCGGUACAAUCGGUCUAUGAUAACCUUUCUAUCCUCUUUCUGUGUUCUGUGGUCGACGAUACCAGUUGAUGUGCCUGUGAUUGGCCUAUGACACAUUGUACAACGGUCAUCGACGGCCAAUUUGAAGCGAACUAAAUAUCAACGUAGAUUUUUAUGCCAUUCAGUUGAAGGAUGAGCAUUUCUCGGAAUACCUGUCGCUGAUGCGCGAGCGAGACGCACGAUACACCCUUUACUUCGAGAACGUUGGACUACAUAUGAAGCUGAAAGAGCUGGACGGUAGUUCGCACUGCGUGGAUAGCAGCGGAGAUCCUGUGGUGCUUAGAAUUGCGCUCGAGCGCUGCAGAGAGCAGUUAACACGGACCCAACGCGAGCUGAAGAAAACGGCGGACGAGUACGCGGAGACUGUUCCUCGCCGCGAUUACGAUGUCGCAUCCGCGCAGCUGCACGACCAGACGCAAGCCGUGGAAUCGCUGCGGAAGGAGCUGGAGGCAUUGCAGGAAACUCACAAACGAACCUUGGCCUUGAAGAAAGGUGUGGAGGAAGAGUUGCUUGAGAUCCAGGAGCGAUGCAACGAACUGGAGCGCUCCGGCACCCCUCGCCCGCAGUGGGAGCUGUGCGCUGACUUCAUCGGAGGCGGCAGAGAUAGAUGGUGGCAACUGGCGAGUGGUUUGUCAUCCCGGGACGUCCUCAGGGUACUGUUGAAGGAGCUAGGUCCGGCGGCCGAAAGUGAACAGUUGGAGUACUUCGAAGGACUUGGUAAAGACCCCAUGAUACCGCCGUACCUACGCUACGAGGGCAAGGUGCGCAACCUGCGCCUGUCGCGGCGCGAGGUGAGCGUCAUCAUCAACGACAUCUGGCUCGCCAAGCUGGAGCACGCCCGCCACCUGCCCAUGCAGGACUACGUCACCAACUACUUUGAGGAUCGAUACCAGCAGCCUUCAGUCCGGGCGGAGUGGGCGUACAACCUGUGCGCUGGCGCGGAACAGAUGCUGGACGAACCGCAGGUUAAGCUGUUCUGGGGAGUGCUGCAUGGACACCUCAGUGAGGACAUCUACUGGACGCAGCGCCGACACUGGCUCGCGCUCAAGGACGCGCUCUACAGGCACAGUCGGGACAAGGAGACAACAACAGCCGAAGAGUUCGAGAAAUGUGCCAAGGCAGUGUUUCCAUUAAAGAGCGAAGUGGACAUCAAGAACCUCAUGGACGUGGUGCGUAAGCAGCUCAAAUUGAAGAUCAACCAGAAUGAGAUCAACUUGGACAAACUGUUCCAAGAGGUGUGCUCAGUACCCUUAUCACGAACCAAUAUUGAAUUCGAAUAGAUUGCGAGUCCGUUAUAUUUAGUUAAUAUAAUAUAAUAUCCAUAAUUAUAUUUAUGGCUUCCGGUAAAAAAAUCACGUUAAAACAUUUAAUUAUUAAUAUCUCUCUUUAACUUUUCUUUAUAUCUAACUAGCUGAUACCGAACUUCGUACCGCCAAAAAGUCGAUGAAUG